GAGGAGGAGGGAGGAAGGGGCGGUGAUGCUGGGCGGCUCUGCCCCCCCCCCUCUGCCCCCGCCGCGCCGAACCGGGCGCGCCCGCGGAGCGCACGGAGGGACCCGCACUGGCUCUCAGGUAGGGGACAGGAACAGGGACCGAGGAAACCCCCCCAGGGGCAGGCAGGGCCACCUCCGGGCAGGAGACACCCCCCCUGGGUUGGGGACCUCCCCCAGGUAGGGGACAUCCCCAGGUAAGGGACAGGGAACCCCCCAGGUAAUGGGAUAAGGACCGCAGAGCCGUCCUGGGAUGGGACAAGGAGACCAAGAGCCACCUCCAGGUAGGGGACAGAGGGCUCCCAGGCAGGAGGGGACACAGUGCAACUUAGGGGACAGGGCAACUCCCAGUAGAGGACAGGGGGGCUGCAGGGCUACCCAGUGGGGGACAGGAGACUGGGGAGGCUACCCCGAGGUAAGGGACAAGCAGGGCCACUCAGGGAAGGGACAAGGGGACACCAGGGUGUCCCCCCACACCAUCCCAUCUCCCAUGGGCAUCCUCAAAGCCCUUUCCUGGAGGUCCCCAGGGCUGGGGACAGGGUUGGGGGACAGUUGUAGGAAGGCCACGUCCCACCUUCAUUUUGGGGGUGUGCCCCAUAAGUGGCCCCGUCCCUGCCGGCCCCACCUUUCACUCCGGGAGAUUUUGGGGUAACACUUGUGGGGAACUGAGUGGGGGGUCCUUCCCAACGUAGCCUCAGCCACCCCGAAACAGGAUGGAGCUACGGGGAGGGAGAGGACACCCCAUAAAGAAAGGGGGGGGGGGGGCAGGGGCGAGCCCCUUUAACGCACUCCUCAAACCUCCACCACCCUAAGAGCCCCCAGCUGCGGGGGGAUGGGACGGGGGGUGCCACGAUGGGGCCGCCGGGAUCCCGUCAGCGCCGGCACAAAGAGGAAUGCGAUGAGCACAUGGUUCCCAUUAGCCCCGGAGAUGGUUCUUUUUUUUUUUCUUUUUCGAGUUGUUUUUUUAUGAUCGUUACUUUUUUUUUUUUCCUUUUCUUUUCUUUCCCCCUCUCCCUCCCUCCCUCCCCCCAUUUUCCUGCAGCUCGGCUGGGGAAGGAGGAAAAGCGGCGGCUCCUGCGGGCGAGGAUUUGAGCAGCCGGGCAAAGGCUGGAAGCGCCGGAGCCCGUUUGGGGUUUUGCCCGCGGGGAGGGAGGGAAAGAGGGAGAGAAGCCGCUCCGGGUUUUUUCCUUUUUAAUCCCUUCCCCUGCUUGAGUCAGAGGCUGAAGUCACCGUCGUGCCCAUCCCGAAGCUUCUCCCCACCCCCUUCCGCCACGGGGGGACUCGUCGCCCCCCGAAAGGAUGGACUGACCCCCAUGAGUGGGAUUUUGGGGACGUGAGGCCGGGCAACUCGUCGCACAGCUUCAGCGAUGCUGCCGGGGAAGGCGGAGAAGAGGAUCGCUUCAUCCGUCUUCAUCACCCUGGUGCCACCACGGAGGGAGGCAGUCACCAAGGAGAAAACCCAAAGAGAGACACAGCUGGGUGGUCCUGAGGUCCUGGGCACCCAUUGCCCCCGAAUCCCACCGCCUCAGCCCCCAGCAUUGCCAAAUGGAGAAACCUGCCCAGCAGCCCCUGUGCCUUCAUCCCCUCCAGUCCUCCUCCUCUCUGAAGCGCCCCAGCCCUUGUCCGCAGAGGCACUGGGUCCAGCCCUGCAGCAGCUGGACCUGGCAGCACCCAUCACCCUCCAGGCUCCUUCUGCCUUCCCUGCUGAAUUAAGGCCACCCAAACUUUGCCAGGAGCAAGCAGGCAAGCCCCAGUGGCAGGAUGCAAAUGGACACCCGGAGAGGGAUGGCUCCAGGGACAUCUGUGCCUUCUGCCACAAAGCGCUGGGGCCACGGGAGCCGACGGUGGAGGCGAUGCGGAAGCAGUACCACGCCAACUGCUUCACCUGCCGGACCUGCCGCCGGCUCCUGGCCGGCCAGCGCUACUACCAGAGAGAUGGGCGCCCCAUCUGCGACGCCUGCUACCAGGCCACGCUGGAGAAAUGUGCCAAGUGCCGGGGGGUGAUCAUGGAGCGCAUUGUCCGUGCCCUGGGCAAGGGCUACCACCCCAGCUGCUUCUCCUGCACCGCCUGCGGCCGGGCCAUCGGCACCGAGAGCUUCGCCGUGGACGAGCAGGACGAGGUUUACUGUGUGGCUGACUUCUACAGGAAAUACGCGGCGGUUUGCAGCGCGUGCGAGCAGCCCAUCAUCCCCCGGGAGGACAAGGACACCUACAAGAUUGAGUGCCUGGGACGCAGCUUCCACGAGAGCUGCUACUGCUGCGAGAGCUGUGGGACACCCCUGUCACCAGAGCCGACGGAGAACGGGUGCUACCCCCUGGGCGACCACCUCCUCUGCAAGACCUGCCAUAUCCACCGGCGAAAUGAGUCAUCCUGCUAAAACCCUGCAGCUCAACAUCCAUCUUCCAGCACCAGGCACCAAAAAGGGGUGACCCAUGGCCAGUCCUGGGUACCUGCUGUACCCCCAGAGAGCUGCUGGACUGGUGUUUUUGUCCCCAAAACACACACCUCGGACCUGUCCUGCCGGGCUGGCCAGGUGGCCUGUCCCAGCAUGGCUCUGUGCUCCUUAUGGACCUAAAAAGCUGUGGCAGAGGAGCUGAGGUUUUGUUUUUAUUUCCUUUUUUUUUUUUUUUUUUUUUAACUUUUCUGAGGCCAGUUUCGUUUCCUUGGGUGUUUUGUUGUUUUUUUUUCUUUCCAGGCUUCCUUGGGGUUUCACUGAACCAUUUCUCUCUGUGGUGACGCAGGGAGCGGCCACUGAAUUUUUUGUUACUUGCAGUUAAAUAAAACCCCGAGUUUCAAA